CCCUCACACGAUGUAAACAGUGAUUGUUAGACGAGUGACUGGAAAGGGUUGAUUUCAAGUAUGGUUUGAAUAAAUCGUCAAAAACAGAAAUUGUCGUCGGUGAACAAAAACAAGCUUAAACGAUUAUAAUUAAGAGAGUGGAAGGAAUCGAUUUACCCGAAAAUGCAAUGAUCGCCCUCUGUGGAUUGCCCCAAGUGGAUUUAAAGUGCUAAGUGCCCCCCCCCCUCCUCGCCCCCCCUGAAAAGUGCUAUAUAAAAACCCUGAGACGUACCCCCACCCACCCACCCACCCCGACCCCCUUCAAUAAAGAAGACACUACUCCGCCAAAGUGGAGAAUUCAGCCCCAUCAUCCCCUCCCUCCUCCUCUUCCUCCCCUACCCCAACCAACUCAUGCCUCGCCUCAACCCUCCUUGCUGAAGACGACGCCCACGAGGAGGAGGACCUACCCACCAUGAGGAGCAGCCACCUCAGUCACGCCCACUCACAGGUGCGUCUGGGAGUGGAGUUGUGGGAAGUGGGCGAGCCCUUGGCAGGUGGAGGCGGCGAAGCCGAUCCCAGCGGGGUCGACGUUGAGGGGGUAGGGGGCAGCUUGAACCCCCCGGGAGCAGCUUCCCAGGGGGGUGCAGGCGUCCCCGGCACCACCCGCAGCGACUCUUCCUCCUCCCACAGCAGCGACGACACCUCCUCGUCAGGGGCGUCCUCCUCCUGCUGUUCGUCGUCGGGAGCGGCGCCUCGCCGCCCGUGCUUGCAUGCGGCCCUCUCCGACCCUGGCUACGAGUCCGCCCACCUGCCAGACGACGAGAGGGACGACCCCGACCAUCUCCACCAUCACCACCAUCAUCACCACCACCAUCAUCACCAUCAUCGCCAUCAUCACGACGGCCACCACAGCCACCAGCAGCAGCACCAGCAGCAGCAUUGCCACAGUGGCGGAGGGGGCAUGUCGCUCCGGGAGAGAAGCGAGGGGCGCGAGGGCUCCCCCAUCCACCAGGGCCUCACGCGCUCCCGGUCCUUCGGGGGCCUGCUCACCCACCGGCGCCCCGGGUCGGGGGCAGGGUCGCCUCAGCAGGCAGUAGCAAGGGCCGGAUGGGCCGGACACGGCGUCCUGGGUCAAGCAGGAUCCUCCCCUCGGGAUGUCCGGCGCGUCCUUUCCCUGCCACCGCAUGUCAAGGUGCCCAAAUCCCCCCGGCCCGAAAGGGCAUCCCAGAUCGGCUGCAGCGUGGCCAGGGGCCUCCGGGAGUGCGUGGCCGUGACCCGCCAGGAUCUCGACUCCCUUCAGCAGGCGCAGCAGGACUCCCAGUUGCAUCAGUCACAGGGUCGAUUGUACGAAGCUGAAAAGCAAAUCAAGGCAGCUGAACGAUACCUGAAGAGAAUCGAAUACCACUUGAGCAAGUUGGAGGAUCUGCAAGAUCAGUACCAUCUGCAUCAGAAGUUGAGGGAUGGGGUCAGAACAAUGGCAUAUGCCUACGCCCUUUCCCCAGGGAAGGAGAAGGCGACAGCUCUCAGCAACGUUCGGUCCGGGUAUAAGGAGUGCACAGAAAUCCUUUGUGCUUUGGAAGUACAAAUUGAGCAGCUUAUCGGAACCCUGACUCUAGAAAUGAAAGGAAUUCAAGGUUUCGCUCGCUUGUGUCCUGGAGACGUUUUUGAAGUAACCCUUAAACAUGGCACUCAGAAGUGGAAGUCGCGCGGCCGAGUCUGCAAAGACAAUACUCAGACUUGGGACAACCAAAGAACAGUCAUUAAGGGAUUAAUUGGUGAAAUGUUGUUAAUAAAAGCUGUUGAAGUCAGAGUGCUGGGCAAGACAGUGGUUAUAGGCAACAAAGUCUGUGAAACGAAGGAUCUCUUUUCGCCCCAUCCACAGCUUAUGACAGUCAAUCUCAAUCCCUCGGGUUCUCUAAAACUCAACAUUGUAAUCACUUGGAAUCCACUUGAUGGAGUCAUUGAAGAUAGUUUGGUGAGAACGCCAAGCAUGUCAGCUACUUCACCAGGAAAUAAACGAAGAACGCCAGUACUCCACACUCUUAGUUCUUCUCCUCCCAAUAAUGUAGCAACUGUUCCCUCAGGCAAGGAUAGUGGAUUGUCUCCUGAGUGUGAUCAUGACAGUAGUUUUGGAAGCAUGUCUGCCCGAAGUUCAACAGCAGAUAGUGCCAGCCCUCUCUCUGAAUAUAGGGGUCUUCUCUCUUCACAUGCUGCUCUCUCAACAAGGACUGAUAGUAAUAGCCCUGUUUCUGAUUAUCAAGGUCUCUCUAGGAGAAGUGAUAGCCAGGACUCCAUAUUAUUUGAUGGACGAGAUUCUGCUAGUCCACAGUGUGAUAACACUGGUAAUUUUACGUUAGUGCGUAAGAAGGAAAGUAGGGUUGAACAGUGGGCUAGGUAUUCUCAGUUCAGCAUCUCGCAAGGCUCCAAUAUGGAUAUGAUGUCGAGAUCAUUCUCACACCUUUCGUCUUAUUCGACUGGUCUCUCUCCAGCCAUGUCUCAGUCGUUAUCCCAUCAGUUAGAUAUUUUAGGUACAGAACCUGAGUCCUUUAGAUGGGGUGAUGGCCAGCACUGGGAUGAAACACGUCCUCCUCUAACUCUAAGAGAGGUUGUCAGUCGGUUACGAACAUGCUUAGAGGAUAUACAAGGCCAGUUCCCACAACUGAACACAUUAGAAGAAGCGGUAUUAGAACUUGAUGAUAUGUGCAAAAAUUGUCGAAGCAGAAGAGAUAGCAAUACAUCUGAAAUUAGUUUAUCUGUAGAAUCUGCAUUGGAAUGCUUUGAUUUCCUCAAUGCUGAAUGUGAUGAUGACUUUGAAGAUGAUAAUCCUGAUGAAUGUGAAGAGAAACGAAACAAAGAAGCAAUGGUUGUUAUAACGCCUCCCGCUUUGCCUGAUACUACUCAUUCCCUUGUCACUGGUUCUCCCCAGUUAGACGCAUUCCUUUACAUCCAUCUCAGACAUGCUCUUCAACUUUUGCAGCACUUAGGUUCAUUUGGCCCCUUACGAACUAAAGAGCGCCACUCCAUAAAGUUGUUGGAAGAAGAAGGAAGACUGGUUGCAGGAAUUCUCACCCAUCGGCACAACUUUGAUAGCUUGAAACCUCAACAUUUGAUUACUGUUCCUCAUGUACAGGUACUUUGGGAUUCUGUAGCAGGUGGUGAUGAUUGGUGUGUUCCUGGUCAAGCAGUAGUUUCUGGUCUUCUGCAAGUAGUAUCAUCAUUAGUUGAUCCUUCUGUCCCGGGGCUGGCAAGAAGAGUUUUGGAAGAGAUAGUUCGGACAAUGACAGACAGUGAGGAGUAUGAUGGAAAUGCGAUGGUAACAGUAGGACAUUUUCUUCAUCACUUGCAUAGACCCCUCCAGCACACCGUCCCUUCAACUGCUCAAAGUCUCGUUGUUGCUGAUGAUCUUCUUUCUGCUAAUCCUGCAAAGGUUGAAUCUGCUUUACACCAAAUCAAAGAACCAACAACUCUUCAUAUAAAGAUAAUUGGUCAGUUACUGGCAGGACCUUCUGAACUUCGUCAUGUCACUACAAAUUUCAUAAAUAGUCUUGCACAUAACAAUCAACUAAUGCAUAUGGUUGUAGAGUUAUGCUUACUUCUACUAGAGUCAACUCGAACUAGUGAUCGUGAAGCAGCAACUGUACUUCUUGGAGUACUGGCACCCAUUGUCCCUCCUUCAAGCACCGAGACAAAAGGAGACUCUCAGAAACUUUUAGGUAAUAAAAGUUCCAGUAAAUCUAAGAAACAUUCCCACACUCACAAUGAAAGUGCUCCAGACUGGCCGCAACCUAUUGAGGUUCUGUCGUUCCUGCAGCAAAAUGAUUCCAGUGGAGAAGUUAGAGAAGCUGCAAGGUCUUCUCUUCUGAGUUUAGGAACAGAAGGGCAGACAGCUUUACACCAAGUUCAGCUUUCAUCUCAUGGAUUCCAGGGAAUAGAAGUCAAAGAGAAAACAAAAUUAUAAAAGACUACUUUCUCCAUGAUUCGGGGGUGAUGAGUGGAGGCAUAUUGUUUGGGGAUGACGCAAAAAUGUCGUAGUUUGCAGUUCAUACAGAAAAAGACUGAUUUUUUGUUAAAAUAAAUGAUUAAAGAUGAGAACUGUGCAAUUUAUUUUCUAUAACUUUUCUUUCAGUCAUAUUUUAUUUAAUCUCAAUAUAUCAUGUGUGACAUGGUAAGGAAGGCAGUGCUAAACACAGACUGAAAUGUAUUAAUACUGUGAAGCCUUUAGAAGGCUUGUGAAAAACACCUGCUGUAAUUUAUAACCUUGGCAUUAUUGCACUUUACUCAUACCUCUGCUAUUGUGGGUUAGUUAUGGCAUAACUGUGGCUGUAAUUGUAAUGCUCAUUGUUGCAAUAUUUAAAGGUUUAUCCAUGUCGGCUGUUUAGUAAUGGAUGCUACCAUUGAUAAAGAUUAUUCAAAAGUUUUCACUUGAUUAGCCCAAUAAAGCCAUGCACCCUUUAAAGGGUACAGUUACAUUUGGAACUUGACCAAAUGUGUUUCUAGAUUUCAGUGAAAGGAAAGCUUAUUUGAAUAGCAUCUUUUUUCGAGGUUUUGUGUAUGAAUGAGAGUCAUGAGGAUUUUCUGAAUUCACAGUACAGUAUUAUGUAUCCUGCAUGAGUCUCAGAAUGUUAUUAAUUGUUCUCCCAAGUCCUUGUAUGGUGCAAUAGUUGUUCAAAUCUUCUGGAAAACUUUGGUAUUUACAGGGAUCUUACUUCUGUUGAUAGGACACCUUAAUGUAUGCAAAAAAUAAUACUACAUAUAUACGUAGAUGGAAACCUUUUGGUAUAUAGAAAUUCUUAGUUGAUGGGAAAUAGUAGUGUUUAUCACUUCUCUUGUUGGGGAAUUAUUUGGUAAUUGCAAGAAUCUUAUAUUUGUUGAUGGAUUACUGGUAUGUAUAGGAACUUUACUUCUGUUGCUCAGAGACUCCCAAUAAUCACACAAUUCUUACUUCAGUUAGUGGGAAAUCCUUACAUGCAAGAUUCUUCUCUUGAGUAUAUGUCAUGUUAUCAUGUUAUCUAUGGUAGCCAAUCAUUAAUGGUUGCAAAAUUGUUUGCAUAAAAAAUUCAAUAGCUGAUUUCUGUGAUUCACUUUAGUUGUGCAUAGAGGUGUUUGUAGCAAAUGAGAACACAGUCUCUUUAAUAAGCCAUUUUCACCCAGGCAAAAAAUUAAAGGUGUUUAAUAUCCUCUUCAUUGCUGAAACUAAUACCAUGAUAGUUGAGGAAGAGUUUGUGCACAUGGUGCAUUGCGCUGCUGCCUAGCAAAACUCUGUGCUCAAUAUUUCCUCCUUGUCCCUUUCCACUGGGCUAUGCCUCAUCCCAGAACCAUAAUUUUAUUGGUGUUAUCAUGGUGUCAUCGCAAAAAGUAUACUCUGCCAUUUUUUGUAUAGUGCAUAUGUAAAUCUUUUCUUGUACAAUAAUCAGUCUCUUGUUUUUAUGUUUAUUAGUUUCAGACUUGUCUAGUCCUAUUAAUUGUAAGAUUUCAUAUAUUCUAAUAAUUCCUGCCAUAAAAUUAAAAGGGAAUUAUAAUGUGCUACAGUUAUAAGCUUUUCAUACAUUCAUACAUGAAAUAUUUGGAGAUAAUGGAAUUAACCAUUUGAAUUCAUGAUUUUUGAAAGUUAACGUUAUUGUUCUAUGUUACAUUGUAUAUGUUUAUGUAUGUUUAAUGGUGAAAAAUGCCAUGUUGUCUCUGUACAUAUUGUAUGUUGAUAUGUUUACCCUGUAUAUUGCUUCUCUUCAUAUAUGUCGAUAUAUUGUACACAGUCAAUUCAGAAGUUAAGAAAACUCAUGAAACAA